CUCUCCCCUUCCUCUUCUUUCCCUGUCCUCUACUCUUCUUCUUGUAGAUGAACAGCUCUGAGAGUCUUCUGACCUAAGCCUGUGUUCUAACAACAACUAAUGAUGUAAGCAUGGAAAUGUUUGGAGAGAAAGAGGGCAAAUUUUUCCCAGUUUUGCUUCAAUCAUUCCAUUCCCUUUGUGGGCUUUGCUUGUUCUUGGUGGGUUCAUAGGUGGAUGAACUGAACUAAACUAGCAGUAAUGGUGCCACCUAACAAGUACAAAAAUGGAGUUUUUGUGCUCAAAAGAUGUGAAAAGGGGGACUUGUUUCCCAGCUUGCUUUCUUUUCUGAACUGUUCUUGAUCAUCAUCUUCUUCUUCAUCACUACAGUCCAAGAACAACAGCCCAAAGUUCUUGAAAGAAUCCCCGUAAGUGUCAGUAAAAAGAUUGGAAUUUUGUCAGCAGAUCAGAACAGCCAGCCAUGAAGAGAUCAUCACUUGGAGGCUCUGAUUCCUUAGAUGUUUACGGUAGGGAGUUCCGGUCAAUGAUGGAAGGUGUUGAUGAGGAAGAAGCCGCCGGCGGCGGCUGCGGCGGCGGGAUGGGGGAGAAGAAGAGGCGGUUGGGGGUGCAUCAAGUGAAGGCUCUGGAGAAGUAUUUUGAUAUGGAGAAUAAGCUUGAACCGGAGAGGAAAGUGAAGCUUGCUCAGGAGCUAGGGCUUCAGCCCAGACAGGUGGCGAUUUGGUUCCAGAACCGCCGUGCACGGUGGAAGACCAAGCAGCUGGAGAGAGAUUACGGCGUCCUGAAAGCCAACUAUGAUUCCCUCAAACGUAGCUAUGAAACUCUCCAACAUGACAACCAAGAUCUCCUCAAACAGAUUCGGGAGCUGAAAGGGAAGAUGAAUGGUGAGGAUGGAGAGAGAAAAGUGACGGUGAAGGAAGAGGCGGUGGAAUCCUUUAGCGGCGGCGGCGGCAAGUCGAAACAAACGGCCGCCGACAAUGAAACAGAGCUAAACUUCGACGACAACCAUUUCCACGGCGGCGGAAACGCCUCGAUUUUUGCGGAAUUCAAAGACUGGUCAUCGGACAGCGACUCCAGCGCGAUCCUGAACGAGGACAACAGCCCCAACGCCGCCAUGUCUUCGUCCGGGGCGGCGGCGGCGGCGUUUUUUACGGCGUCCGACAACCCAGCUCAAUUCUCGGAGAUCCCGAAAAACAUCCUCGGAGAUUCCUACGACGACUCCCAGUUCGUGAAAAUUGAGGAGCACAAUUUUUUCGCCGCCGGCGAGGAGCCCUGCACCAUUCUGCUGUCGGAAGAACAAGCUCCGACGUUCCCUUGGAUCUGCCCUGACGAUUGGAAUUGGGAAGAUGAAUCCUAAGAUCAAGAAUUCUAGAACAACGGUUUUUACCGCGUUCAAAUAAAUUACAAAAUUUCAGAAACAUUGGAGCAUCAAAAUUAGCUCUGUAAUCACUGUGUUAAAUCAAAUUGCACAAAAUGAAAUUUCAUUUGCUUCAAUUCCUAGGUAGCACCUAUCAAAGAAUCAAGUCUCAAGGACACAAGACACCGAAAAAUCAAUCACUUCUAUGUUCAUCGCCAUUAUGUUACGUCUUUCAGUUACUCCA